GGGUCGGACUGCAGCUGCGUUCUCAUUGGCUGGACUGGUUGAAGAGGUGUAUCUUGCACAGGAGGGAUGGAGGGAUCAGUCUCAUGCUGAGGGUGGAGAGCUCACAACACUGGAGCUGCUGGAAAACUGUGCCUUUACAAAAUCAAUAAACAGCAGCAGGCGUUCAACUGCGUCAGUCCCUGAUCAGAGACCCUGAGUUGAGCUUCACACGCUGUGCAGCGACACUCACAGUCCAUCAUGAAGUCUCAGCACAAAUGCAUUGUGAUCUUUGCGCUGGUGUGCUGCUGUGCUGUCCUGAUAGCAUUAAUAUUCUCUGCUGUAGAUGUGUGGGGCGAUGAUGAGGACGGCAUCACUGAAGACUCGUGUAGCCGCACCUGCCGUUUUGUGCUUGUGGAGAACAUUCCAGAAGAUCUGUCUAUUCCAUACAAGGACACAGUUCCACUGACCGCUGGUCUUCACGAGCUGCUGGAUCGAGCGCGUCGAUCCGUUGAGAUUGUGUCACCAUGGUGGGCACUGAACUCCACCAAGUCUGAAUCAGAACUUCCUCAGGCCAAACAGGGUCAGAUCUUAUUCCGUCAGCUGAUGAGUUUGCGGUCUCGGUCGGUCAGUUUGAGAGUGGCCAGUGGACUGACUGAUUCCCCAGAACUCAAGGCACUCGCUCAGAGAGGUGCAGACGUGCGUUACCUGAACAUGACAGCCCUCACUAGAGGCCAGCUGAACUCCUCCUUCUGGGUGGUGGACAGGCAGCACGUGUACGUGGGAAGUGCCAUCAUGGACUGGAGGUCACUCUCUACGAUGAAGGAGUUUGGCAUCAUCAUUCAUGACUGCAGCUGUCUGGCGUUGGACCUGCACCGGAUAUUCAGCCUGUACUGUCAACUGCAACACAAAGACUUUCUGCCCUCAAUAUGGUCCAAGAGACUGUACGCACUGAAUAACAGAGACAAGAACCUGCUGCUGUCUCUGAACGACUCUAAAGCAGAAGCGUACAUUUCUAGUUCUCCAGAUGAUUUCUGCCCAAAACACCGAACGAAAGACACCGAGGCCAUUAAAAGAGUCAUUCAGGAGGCCGAGACAUUUAUCUACAUCUCCAUAACCGACUAUUUACCAAUGAUGAACCGCAGCCAACCCAAGUACUGGUCACUCAUUGACAACAUGCUCCGAGAAGCCUUGAUCCUGAGCAGAAACCUCAGGGUUCGUCUGUUAGUAAGCUGCGGGGAGCAGACUGAGCCGCUGACGCUGAACUUCCUCUGGUCUCUGAAAGCGCUGUGUGUAGAGUCGCUCAACUGCUCCGUGGAGGUGAAGUUCUUCAUUCCCCGGGAGCAGAGCGAUGGACGUCUCUACAGAAUCAACCACAGCAGAUUCGUGGUGACAGACAGCUCUGUGUAUUUAGGGAAUUCAAACUGGGUGGGCAACGAGUUUGUCUUCAACGCGGGUGUUGGUGUGGUGAUCAGACAGCGUCCGCAGGAGAACAACACCGCCUCUGUAGUUGAACGGAUGAAAGCUGUCUUCGAAAGAGACUGGCAUUCCCAUUACACUAAAACUCUAGAUCCGAACAACAUCCCAGCAUGCAGCAUGCAUACAGUCAAAGAAAACAUCCGUGUUUGAAAAUGACAUGCACAAUCUAUACUUUUCAAUGCAUAUUUGUUGGCUGUUUCUUUUCCUUUGUACCAUGCACUUUGAGUUCAACAAAGCAAGGCAUUUCAUGCCAUCAGAACAGUUUUUGUAAGGUAAUAUCUAUUCCACUGUACUGUUUGGCCAUUUUUUCCACCUCGUAUGAAGAUGCAUUUUAGCGAUGCGAUCACAAGUGUCCUGAUCAGACUCACAGCUGCUAUCUGUCCUUCUCAUUGGCCUCUUUCCUCUGUCACUUGGAAGACACGUGACGUGGGUUUGUCCGUUAGAUCGUAUUUAAUCAUCUUAAUACCAGGUGGAAACAGGGCCUUUGUGUUGAGAUGUUUGUCUCUGAGUGAGUGUUUUACUCUGAAAACUGUUUCUACCUUUAACUAUUAAAAAUGUUUUAUCAAUUUGACUAUCACUUUGUAGCUUAAAAAUCUACUAUGCAUUAUCAAGCAGUGUAUUUAAAAUUAUUACAUUUUUAAAGGCAGGUUUACAAAAUCUUUCUACAGAUUUUCUUAUCCCAUCUUGUUUUUUAGCUGAUUCAGAGUUUAUGCAAGAUCAAUUUAAAGUCAGAUAUUAUCAAAGCUUUAUCAUGUUGAUUUCAUGCAUGUUGAAACAUAUGCUGGUAAAUUAGCAGUUGAUUUAUUUGCACUUUGUAUUUUAAGAACAUCAUGAAUGUACUUCAGUGAACAUGUAUUUUCUUUUAUAU